ACCACAACUCAUUUUCGGCACGUUUAGCUCAAAAUUCGAAAAGGAAAAACGGAAGAAAACUAAAAAAACAAAAUCGGAAUUGUCCGAUCCAUCCGACAAUAGCCGUUGCCAUAGCAGAAAUGAAUCUAUUGCGCAGCUUGCGUGCCACACUCAAUGAGUUCUUCUAUCACAAUUAUCCUUGCAUAUCCCUGUGCUGCUGCCUGUUGGCGCUGGGUACGGCCUACCUGCACUAUGAGUGGAAGGUGCACAGCUAUGAUCUGAUGUCCUGGAAGCGGCUAAGCGAGGCCUGCUACUCUGCGGACGUGGACCUCUUUCAGCUCCUCGUUCUUCUCACAAUUUUGAUCAUCAAUAUCAUUUUUGUGGGCCUCAUUAUUGCCGCGUAUAUGCGCCCGCUUGGCCAGCGGGACACGGAACUGACGCUGCUCGAGAUUAAAGAUCGUUUUGCCCGCUUCAUAUUGUUGCGUAUGAUUGCGCGCAUGGAUCGCAUCCAGGGCAAGCUGGCCGCCAAGCGUAAGAGCCUCAAUUUCCAGCACUUUGCCCGCGCUCAUCACAGCAUGGUCAAGGCUGUCGCCGUAUUUCGGAAGGAUGCACGCAAACUGCUGCUGCCGAACGAAUCGGAGAUUAUGCAGCCCAUCGAGGAUAUCUAUGGCGUGGCCGAUGAUGAGGAGCGAGCCCUACGCCGUGAUGGCUACUACAAGCUGCCCAUCGAUACGACAGACGCGACGGUCAAGAGUUUGUUUACUGCGCAGUGAAAAUGACGCAAGAACAAAAACGAUGCUGAUUAUGAUGUCGCAGUCUCUGUCGCUGGCGAUCUCUAACUGCUAUGCAACUCCGAUUUUGUUUAAUGCAUCCUUUAAUAAAGUAGAUCCUUUAUCAAAUAUAG